UAAAUGUAAAAAAUCAUGCAAUUUCAACGAACAGCUGACAGAUAAAAAUAUAAAAGUUUAUCAAAGUAACGACGGAAUCAAGGAAUAUGGGGUAGAAAUGGACAAAAUUUUAUUCGAAUAAUAUUAGGCUGUCUGGAAAGUCCAUACCGAUUUUUAGUAGGCGAUACAGGUCUGAAUAUAUCGGAAUGGCUGAAAACAAAUAAAAUGUGUACAUAUGUGGUGGAAAGGUGGAAAGGUUAUGGAACAAAAUGGUACAUAUAUAAUUCAAUAAAUAUACAUCAAAAUUCAAAUAUACCUUUGAAUUUUUCUUAAAAAUAGGCAUGAACUUUCCGAACAACCGAAUAGAAACAUUUUCUUUCGUGCGCCCCUUUCGCAUGAUGGAUUCCCUAAGAGACAACGAUGAUCGUGCGAAAUAUGCCUCUCAGCCCCUCGUUUAAUUCGUGAACGCUGUCCUAUAUGAAAAAAUAGGCGGUAAGUGUUUUCAUUUUUUUUUUUCUUCGUUUAACUUCAUUACGCGAUUCACAUAGGUUGUCCAGGCAACAGUAAUAAAUUAUCACAGUACUUUUUUCCUGGCUAGCGGAAGGCCGACAUCCAAAAUUUUUCGUAAUUAAUAGGUACCCUUAAUUUCUUUUUGGUUCGGCGAUCUAAGAAAAUUCGAAAUAAUCUUCAUCUCAACGAACGUAUCGUUAAAAAAUUAUCAAAAUGGUAAGACCUUUAAUAUACGAAAUUCAAUGAUUACGAUCGUGCAACGCCUUCGCGCUUGAAAUUGAUAACAUGUCUUGAAUAACAUCGAAACAAUGUUUCCGCCCUUAAAAGGAACUUCGUCGUUUGAAAGAUGGAUUUCAUUUCAGCGUGAAUGUAUUUCAAUGCACGUGGGUCAAGCCGGCGUUCAAAUGGGCAACGCGUGCUGGGAACUGUAUUGUCUCGAGCAUGGAAUUCAACCAGAUGGAACGAUGCCUUCCGACAAGGUGUCAGGAACGAACGAUUGCUUCAAUACAUUUUUCAAUGAAACUAGUUCAGGCAAAAUGGUACCACGAGCUGUUAUGGUGGACCUCGAACCUACCGUCGUUGACGAAGUGCGAAUAGGACUGUACAAACAGCUCUAUCAUCCCGAGCAACUAAUUACCGGAAAAGAGGACGCCGCAAACAAUUAUGCCCGCGGACACUAUUCCAUCGGUAGAGAAGUAAUCGACUCUGUGAUGGACAGAGUACGAAGACUGACCGAUCAGUGUACAGGCCUUCAAGGAUUUUUUGUCUUCCAUUCGUUCGGAGGAGGUACCGGCUCGGGAUUCACUUCCUUGCUUAUGCAAAAAUUAUCCGACGAUUACGGAAAGAAAAGCAAAUUAGAAUUUGCCGUCUAUCCCGCACCACAAGUAUCCACUGCGGUCGUGGAACCAUAUAACGCAAUACUGACAACUCAUACCACAAUCGGACACUCGGAUUGCGCGUUCAUGGUCGACAACGAAGCGAUUUAUGAUAUCUGUCGGCGAAAACUCGGCAUCGAGCGUCCCUCAUACGCGAAUCUUAAUCGCCUUAUCAGUCAAGUGGUGUCCUCGAUUACCGCCUCAUUGAGAUUCGACGGCGCUUUAAACGUGGACUUGACCGAAUUUCAAACGAACUUGGUACCAUACCCUAGAAUCCAUUUCCCGUUAGCGACCUACGCCCCAGUGGUAUCGGCCGAUAAGGCUUUCCACGAGGGUAUGUCCGUCGCAGAGAUAACGUCCGAAUGUUUCGAAGCAUCUAAUCAAAUGGUAAAGUGCGAUCCGCGGGAAGGGAAAUACAUGGCCUGUUGCCUGUUGUAUCGUGGCGACGUUGUACCCAAAGAUGUGAACGCGGCGAUUGCCGCGAUGAAGGGCAAGAGUUGCAUACGUUUCGUCGACUGGUGUCCAACGGGUUUCAAAGUCGGUAUCAAUUAUCAGCCGCCUACCGUUGUUCCCGGUGGGGAUCUCGCAAAGGUACAAAGAGCGGUCUCGAUGCUGUCGAACACCACGGCCAUCGAAGAAGCAUGGGCAAAACUGAAUUACAAGUUUGAUCUAAUGUAUCAUAAACGGGCGUUUGUUCAUUGGUACGUUGGCGAAGGGAUGGAGGAAGGUGAGUUUGCGGAAGCACGCGACGAUCUCGCCGCCCUCGAGAGGGAUUACGAAGAAGUUGCUCUUGAAUCGUCGACUACACCCGAUGCUUCGCUAGAAUAUUAAAAAUAAGUCCAUACCGUUCCCUCAAAUGUAUCGGCACUUCCAGCUACCCGAAAAAGAGAAAACUAAAUCGACAUGAUCAAUUGUACCGUAUAAAGGACCUUUUUUUUUUAUACCUCGCUUAUGUUUUGUAAUUUGUUUAUUUUUGUAAUAAAAUUAAUUCUCUUUGAUGAAAUUGUUGAUAUUUUGUAAAUGAAAAAAAGAAUAUACAUUUACGAAAUACUGUU